UCGACUUCCCUGGAAACCGUGGCCCGCCGUCGCCGCGUUCCGUUACCCGCGCUCCUCCGCGGCCCCAGCCUCUGGCGCCGAGCACCGCGGCCCGGGCGCGGCAUGGAGGCGAAAGCGGCAGCCACGCCGGCUCCUGGCGGCGGCGUGGGCUCGGUGACCGCGGAGGAGACCGAAAAGUGGAUGGAGGAUGCGAUGCAGAUGGCCAAGGAAGCCCUAGAAAAUAUUGAAGUUCCUGUUGGCUGCCUUAUGGUCUACAACAAUGAAGUUGUGGGGAAGGGACGAAACGAAGUUAAUCAAACCAAAAAUGCUACCCGACAUGCAGAAAUGGUGGCCAUUGACCAGGCCCUAGACUGGUGUCAUCGAAGUGGCAAGAGUCCUUCUGAAGUAUUUGAACACACCGUGCUGUAUGUCACCGUGGAGCCCUGUAUUAUGUGCGCGGCUGCUCUCCGCCUGAUGAAAAUCCCGCUGGUCGUGUAUGGCUGUCAGAAUGAACGGUUUGGUGGUUGUGGCUCUGUCCUAAAUAUUGCCUCUGCUGAUUUACCAAAUACCGGGAGACCAUUUCAGUGCAUUCCCGGAUAUCGGGCUGAGGAAGCGGUGGAAAUGUUAAAGACCUUCUACAAACAGGAAAAUCCAAAUGCACCCAAGUCAAAAGUCCGGAAAAAGGAAUGUCAGAAACCUUGACUUGCUCUACUGGAAGGCUGAUGCCCCUUGAUGACAUUCUUGGACUGAAAGCUGUUGACAUCGUUGAAUCAUGUUUACAUAUGUCCUUAACUCCUGGGAAAAUCAUCUCUCCCCAUUUGCUCUGUUGAUGGAACCAAUCAGCACUUUUAAAAAGUCUCCCAGUUGUGAACAAUGAUUAGCUUUUCUGUAAGCUUAAAGAACAUUUUAAGAAGGGGGGGAAAAAAAAACAAAGAUUGAGGUUUUAGAAAUUAGUAAGCAGUGCAUAACCUUCUUGCCAAAAAUCACUGUGCCCAGGCCAGGAAAGUCCCGAGUUUCAGUGUAUGUGCCUCCAGACCCAGUUGGCUGGCAUGUAUCUGGACUGGAGUGCACCACGCGGGGGACACCUGCUUUAUGCCUGGCUUUUCAGAAUCGGAUGCUUCAUUGUUUGUGGUCACUCUGUUCUCCCAGGGGUUGAGGGCCGUGACUUCCUUGGAAUCUGUAGAAGAGUUAUGUACAUCUAGACUAUGAAUGUUUGCUCCUCAGAACAGGUUUUUUGUUGUUGUUUUUUUGCUUUUAUAAAGCAGAAAAAAUGCAUAUUUUUAAGACAAGUACUUGAGCGUCAUUUUUAACUCAUAGCAUAUUGCUAUCAGAAAACCAUCCUUAUGCCUUCUUUAAAAAUGAAGAUGAAUAUUUUCUUAAAAAUAAAAGGUAAAAGCAGAAAUGAGACAGUUCCUUCUUUACUAUCAAGCAGCUGUCCUAUGCCAGGCUCUAUUCAUUAAUUGAAUCCUCAAACAAAACACGGAGCUGCUGUUGUAGCAGGGGAGAGAGGAGACGCCACCUAGAUUAUAUAGUAUUUUAGAAGGUGUUAAGAAUUAGGACAACAAGGGAAAAGCAGGGUAAAGGGGAUAGACAUAGCAUUUGGGGUUGGGAGGCUGGUUGUGCAAGUAAAUAGAAUGGUUCGUUUAAUCUGAAAUCAAAUUAUUUCUUUUUAUAAAAGUCCAUAUUUAGAAUUAAAAGCUAAAAUGCAAAAAUGUGCACAGAACCCUGGAAAGGGUCUCUGCAGCAGGAAGUCCCCGAUACUCAGCCUUCUGACUGCAGCAAGCAAGGGGCCCACGCGGGUGAGCGAGCAAGCUUGCAGAGCCGCCCUGGGUUUCGCUGUGUCUGCCCAGAAGGGGGCCUCACUGUUCCACCAGAAGCCCAGCUCCGGGCCCCUGUUGCAUUUCUCCGGUGGAUUCAUUUCCUUGAUGCAAAGCAUCUGUAUUUGUUGGUUCUGCCAUUUGAGCGAUGUCUGACUUGUUUGUUUUGAAUUACAUUACAGGCUGGAAUGUAAUUGUGGUAAAAGUAUUUUUAUAUUGCUGAGAGUAGCAGCUAAUCACAGUUACAUGCUUCAGAGGAUUUAUAAUUGCUUGGUUUUGUACGUGUGUGUUUUUAACUGCAUUUGAGAAAUUUUAUGGGGAAGAAUAUGCAUAAUUUUAAAUCUAUAGUAAUGUUACAUGUAACUUCUUCUCAAUUUCACCUACUUUAAAAAAUUAUCUCUUCAUUAAAUUUUAGUGCUUUGACUAGUUUAUUCCUUUCUGCACUUGGUCAUAAUUCAUUUCUGGCUCCUUAUGCUUUUCUGCAAGCUGACAUUAGUGUACUUACUGUCUUCAAAUCAUCGCUUUUUCAGGGAUUAUUCAUAGACAGAAAACCUAGGACCUUUCCUCCAGUGCCAGUAAGGACCAGUAAGUUUGUCCAGUGCAUCUAUGGCAAGUAGGUUCUUGGUAAACAUUUGUUAAGUAACAUUAUUGAUUGAAGUUUGGAGAAAAUAACAAGGGGGAUAUCUAGGAUAUAGCCAAAGCCCAAGAUAGUAUAUGGGAAUUUUAGCUUAAAAAUUGUCAAUGUUGAAAGUGUGAAGAAAGUAAUAAAAUGAAACCAGAAAGGAUCGAAAGAAAAGACUUACUGAUAUAUUCUGCCUCUGCUUUGUUUUGGGCAAUGGGUGCUUCCUAAUUUCUAAGCAUGGCCGAAAAUUUUAAUUUUGGUUACGACCUUUUUGAUUCUCUCUCCAGUGAUUGAUUGACUUAUAGAAAAGUCUCUCCUAUAUUUUUAGUCUUAGGCAGAGUUUCCUCUUCUGCUUUUGGGGAAAAAAAUCAGGUCAGACAGCAUAUGGCAGAUUGCCGGUCAGCGCCUCUAGUGCUGAGAUGGGAGCAUUGUGAGGGCAUAGACGUCAGUCAAGUCUAUGGGAUUCUGAAGGCAGUUUCAAAGCUGUGGUGAGUUGUGGAUAUAUGAUGAGGUAAUCCUGCUCCCUGAGCUCCACAUUCUCUAGCUACUUAGACAUGGUUUAAAAUCUUAGGAAGCUCCAGUUCAGAUAGAAUCCAACUGAUUGACAUGGAUAGUGCCUGUCUAAGAGACUUGCUGAGAGACUUGUUUUGUGCAUGGGAUGAAUCUGGAAGUUGUGGGAUGUGAAAGGGUUUUAGAAUCACAGCCCUGUUUGGAGGGGUUUGUAGGAAAUGAUUGCAUCUAAGUUGCUAGAGUAUCCAGUGUUUGCUGGUCUUUGCAGUGGACUCUGCUGAGAAUGGGUGGUGUGUAAUGCUUUGGCAGGCUUAGAUCACUGAUAAAAGAUUAUGUUAAAAUAACUUUGCAUUUUCUUGUUACAUGGUAUAAGCAUCUCUUCCUGUGUUGUAUUUGGAAUAUUAGAGAGGCAAAAUAGAUAGCCAAGAAUGCCAAUGUAGAAAAGAACUCUUAAUUUUUCUUUUAUUUUUUAAAAAAAGAUUUUAUUUAUUUAUUUGAGAAAGAGAGAGAGAGAGAGAGAGAGCACAGGCAGG